UCACCAGCAAAUUUCUCAGCGCCGGCCUCCCGGCAGACCGGCGUCCGCAUCACUGCGUAACCGAUGGCUUCCUCCCCGUGGCCGCGCACCGCUGGUACCGCCCCCGCUCCGCCGCCAGAAGCAGCAGCAGCAGCUGCUGCUGCUACCGCCGCCGCCAACCCCGCCCCGACGUCGGAGCAGCACCUAGUCAAGGAGGGAGGAAACGCUGCCGACGCGGCUGUCCCGCAGCAGCAGGAGGAGGAGGCCAAGCCCCACUUGGCGCGGGAUGAUGACUCAGAAGCAGUAAUCCAAGAGCAUGAACAGAAGAUCAACCGAUAUCAAGCAAUACUAGCAGCCCGCUUGAGGGCCAAGUUCUUCUCUAAAAAGGCUUUCGAUGGAGGGAACAUCUUUGAAGCAGAAACCAUUGUUGAAGGUGAAAUAAUUCAGUCAAGCAGGUGGCCAUGUACAAGAUCAUUUGCAAACCCAGAGUUUUUUUGUCGGGACAAGAACAGCCAUGAGAAGGGAAAUUCUCCAUCUUCAGCAGCAGAUUCCUCUGCCAAGAACAGCUCUCCACUAGCAGGUGAUGUCUCACCAAAAAAUAAUGCUAGUGCUUUGGCCACAGAAAACAAUCUAACGCCUGGAAAGAGACAGCAAUCCAAGAAGACUUGACUUGAUGCAUUAACAGUAGUCAAAUCGGUCAAAUCGGGUUGUCUGCUGUUCCUCUGUAGUCUGAGGGUAUGCAACCUGAAGUAUGUAAGCUAUCAUGAAAGAAAAUUGACUCCAAAAAUGUUUGUAACCUGAUCUAAAUUCAGUUUGUUGAACCUGUAGCAAGGAAUAGUGUUGUAUUCUUGAUAUCCAAAUUGAUGUAUUAUAGACUAUACCUAGUGAACCAUUAACUGGUUGCUCAAAUCUAAAAAUCAAAUUUUCUUUA